AUGAGUCCCUCCAAGUUGAUCGGCCGGUUUCCUUGGGCGACAAGCCCCCUCAUUAGCAAUGCACCGAUGCUCGGAAUAGCUACGCCUCUUAUGACUGCUGAAGUCACCAAGGCCGGCGGUCUCGGUUUCCUCCCCUGUUCGGCUUAUAUCGAACCCGACUCGGAGCACGUCAACAGGCUUGCAGCUCAUUUUGAUGAGGUCCGGACACUUCUUGGGGCCGAUCAACCAUCUGAUGGCACACUUCCAGUUGGAGCAAGCUUCAUCACCAGUCACAACUCCAUGAGCUACUUUCAAGAGACGGCACUGCCGCUUAUCGCCAAGAACCGCCCCGCAGCGAUAUGGCUCUUCGCCCCGGAUGGUGAUCUCAAGCCGCACAGCAAGAUCAUCCCCAGCCUUAAGAGCUUGGAACACCCUCCUGUUGUGUUUGUACAGGUCGGAAAUGUAGCUGCAGCCCGAGAGGCAGUGCAAGACGGUGCAGAUGUGCUGGUGACACAGGGUGUUGACGCUGGUGGCCAUCAGUUUCGCCAAGGCUCGGGUAUCGUGAGCUUGGUCCCAGAAGUGAGAGAUAUGCUGGAUAGGGAGUUUCCGGAUAGAGGUAUAAGUAUCGUGGCUGCAGGAGGAAUUGCAGAUGGACGAGGCGUCGCCGGGGCCCUGGCUCUAGGCGCGGAGGGAGUCGUGAUGGGCACAAAGGCAAGUGGUCUCCAGGAUCAAAUUUACGACGACUCACUGACAUAUGAAUUACAGUUUACUACCGCGCCCGAGUCUAACUAUCCAGAUAUCCGAAAACAGAAAGUCCUUGAGGCUGUAGAUGGCGGCGUGUCCACGCUCAAGUCUACCUUUAACGACAGGAUAACAAACAGUCCUCUUUGGGGACCUCUCUACGAUGGACGUGCCAUUGUCGGUCCUAUCCAUGAGAAGUUUAUGGCUGGAACGAGUCUCGAGGAGUGUCAGCGAAGUUUGAAAGAAGACUAUCACGAGGAAGAAGCUCGCUAUAUUGUUAAUACCUGGGCUGGAACUGGUGUUGGACUUAUCAACAAGGUGCAGCCGACGGGGGAAAUUGUUCGUGAGGUUCGCGAACAGGCGAAGCGUGAAAUACAAAGGGCAGCUAUCUGGGUUUAA